AUGGGGGGUGGGGUUCCGUGGUGGAUGGCGUUGGAUGGAGGCAGUCACCGGUGGUUGAUGGAUGACGAUGAUAUACGGACACCAAGAAAAAGAAAUGGUACAAUGUCCUCAAAUUUGUUUACUUCCCAUAGCAAUUUUACUCUUGGAUCAGUGUCCAACAAGUACUACUAUAAUAUUGACUUUCCAAGGGGUCAUAUUGCUCUCAAGAGCUACAAUGCUGAAGUGGUUGAUGAGCCAGGGUUCCCUGUCCCCCUUCACGAAACUUAUCUCCACCAUUGGAUUGUUGUAAGAUACUAUCAACCUAAAGGUGCUGAAAUUUCACAGGAUAAUGCCGGUUCCAGUUUCCACCAAUCGGAUAUUAUCAUUGCAGGGAACAAGGGGGUAUAUGAUCCUCCCACAGAUGUGCCAGAUCCUUAUGGAAUAGAAGUUGGUAAUGAGGCAGAAAUUCCUGUUGGGUAUGAGGAGAGAUGGUUACUUAAUGUCCAUGCAAUUGAUACACGGGGUGCAGAAGAUAAAUUAGGAUGCACUGAAUGCAGAUUAUGCGGGGGGUUGAAAUGUUGCUAUGAUGAGAUGCAAUGCAGGUUAAUAAAAGGCUUCGAGGGUGCCAAGAGAAGUCUAUACAUGAGGUACACAGUCAAGUGGGUUGAUUGGGAUGACUCCAUUGUGCCGGUUAUAAUUUAUAUCCUGGAUGUUACUGAUACAUGGAAAAGGACUAAUGAAUCAACAGGACUCGGGAAAAGACAUGAUUGCCUAGUUGAGUAUGAUAUUGAGCCUUGUUCCACUGGCAUGGCUAUGGACAGUUGCACUGACACCAAAAGGGUAAGCCUGAGUCUGCCAACUGGUGGUGAUGUCGUCUAUGGUGUUGCACACCAGCAUACGGGAGGGGUUGGUUCAACUCUUUAUGGAGAGGAUGGAAGGGUUAUAUGCUCAUCAAUACCAACUUACGGAGAAGGAAAGGUACGGGAAAUGAGGCAGGAUAUAUUGUAG